AAAGUGAAUGAAUGAACGAAUGAAUGAACAAAUGAAUGAAUAUUUAACACGAGGUGAUAGCCACUUUUAUCCCGUGUUAAAUGUGUUAUUUUAAUAUGCGAUUGCACCCUGGACUCUAGGCAGGUGUUCCCACAUCCAGUCAACCUGUCAGUGAUGACUGUACUGACUUCAUCAGUUUCUAACUGUGGACACUAAUGUUGUAGUGUAUAUUCAUGUUGAAUCUGACAUGAAUAUGUAUGUUAAGUCUGAACAUCUCAUUUUGCAACAGGUGCAGUGAGGACUGACCAGUCUUGAGAUGGAGAGCUGACUAGAGUUUGGUUUGUGGGAUGGAACUGAAGGAUUUUGGGUACUGGCCAGCUGGGCUACUAGACUGCGGUUUCUACUAGCCCAGGUAACAUUCAGGUCCUAAAUCUGCGCCAUGCAACGUUUAUAAAGACAACAUUUCACUGGCCAGCCGGGCUAGUUGGGCAUAUUUUCUACUAGCCUAGUCUGAAAAGUACUAGACUCGGGCUAGAGGACUGGCUUAAUAUCCAGAUCUCACUGAUUGCUAUUGGCUACAUACCAGUGGCUUGACAGUGUAAGCACCCUCAAGUCCCAAUGAACAGCUGAUAGGGAAUAUUCUGGAAUAAGUUACCCUCUGAUUUGAGGUUUGUGUGUGUGUGGACCUUCAACUCUGUACAAUGUAACUGUAAGGCAGAUGUGCACUGAACAUGAAAUCUGUCAGUGCACUUCUGCCUCUAUUGUUUAAUUGUCAUGCUCUUACUAACAAUAAUAAGAAACUAUGGAAAUAAUUGUACCCUUAGCUGAAAAGCAAAAGCAAUUGUAUUUAAAAAUGUAUACCAUUACAACGACACAACACGCUUACAGAACUAAGAGGGAAACAAAGGACAGGGUGCGUGGGGGAGGGGGGCUGAGGGCCAUGCUAUGGAAGGCCCUCCUACAUCCCUCACCAGUGAUUGGCCUUCUGAUGUUAUGGAAGGCCCUCCUACAUCCCUCCCCAGUGAUUGGCCAUCUGAUGUUAUGGAAGGCCCUCCUACAUCCCUCACCAGUGAUUGGCCUUCUGAUGUUAUGGAAGGCCCUCCUACAUCCCUCCCCAGUGAUUGGCCAUCUGAUGUUAUGGAAGGCCCUCCUACAUCCCUCCCCAGUGAUUGGCCUUCUGAUGUUAUGGAAGGCCCUCCUACAUCCCUCCCCAGUGAUUGGCCAUCUGAUGUUAUGGAAGGCCCUCCUACAUCCCUCCCCAGUGAUUGGCCAUCUGAUGUUAUGGAAGGCCCUCCUUCUUCCCGCCCCAGUGAUUGGCCAUCUGAUGUUAUGGAAGGCCCUCCUUCUUCCCGCCCCAGUUAUUGGCCAUCUGAUGUUAUGGAAGGCCCUCCUUCUUCCCGCCCCAGUGAUUGGCCUUCUGAUGUUAUGGAAGGCCCUCCUUCUUCCCGCCCCAGUGAUUGGCCAUCUGAUGUUAUGGAAGGCCCCCCUUUUCCCUCCCCAGUGAUUGGCCAUCUGAUGUUAUGGAAGGCCCUCCUUCUUCCCGCCCCAGUGAUUGGCCUUCUGAUGUUAUGGAAGGCCCUCCUUCUUCCCGCCCCAGUGAUUGGCCAUCUGAUGUUAUGGAAGGCCCUCCUACAUCCCUCCCCAGUGAUUGGCCAUCUGAUGUUAUGGAAGGCCCUCCUACAUCCCUCCCCAGUGAUUGGCCAUCUGAUGUUAUGGAAGGCCCUCCUACAUCCCUCCCCAGUGAUUGGCCUUCUGAUGUUAUGGAAGGCCCUCCUACAUCCCUCCCCAGUGAUUGACCUUCUGAUGUUAUGGAAGGCCCUCCUUCUUCCCGCCCCAGUGAUUGGCCAUCUGAUGUUAUGGAAGGCCCUCCUACAUCCCUCCCCAGUGAUUGACCAUCUGAUGUUAUGGAAGGCCCUCCUUCUUCCCGCCCCAGUGAUUGGCCUUCUGCGUUUGAACAGCAUUUCUUUCUCUUCUUUCCCAAUGCUCUCCUCCCCUCCUGUCUGGGCCCAGCUAAUCUCCAGAACAGGGAGGAAUCCAACUUGAUUGAACUUCCGCACAAAGAUUAUUAUUAUUAUUCCAAUGCAAUUAUUUGCACUAAAGGGCUGCUGACUCGCUGGUCCUGGGGCUGGCUGAGGGCCAAUCUCAUCCUCUUCUACCAACUCACUGUCAGACUCUGAAUUGACAGAGGCAUGAUCCUCAUAUUCGGGAAAAUUCUUCAUCUUCCAAAGUGGAAGACGCUCCUUCCACACCAGCUUCUCUCUCUACAAAAAUGAUUUCUAAGUCCCUCUGAGCAGAGAUGAUUUUUUGCCAUGCUGACUGAUUGUGGUAAGGAGCCACACAUACAAAGCUAUUUAUUUGUUGUGUCCCUCCCCCAAUUUGCACCUUGUGCAGGUUCCCGAAAGACAUUGUGUAGUUUCACACACUACAAAGUGUAAAGAGUGAGAGAAAAGCGGGAGACAGGCAGGGAGAUAGACAGGAUAUUGGUGGUAUGUUGAAACAGCAGGCCCAGGGAGGAGGAAGACAAAGUGAAGGCACACAGCAAACCUUUUUGCUCAAUUUGGACUUGUUUUCACGUACACACACACUUUUCCACACGUUUAUUACCCUCGGGGCCUGUGGACCUGAACACCACAUAUGUAAUAUAAAUAUGUAGGGAGGUGC